GCAGAGACAAAAGGACAGAAGGCGUCGAGGAGGCUUCUCGGAUGCUCGUUUGCCGAACACAACAUUCUCUUCUCGACAUCGACUCGCCUGUCUUAAUUGUGUUUAUUCAUUUAUUUUUUAAUAUGCGUCAUAACAUGUUUGUCAGCUGCCUGGGCGCACAGGGCGGCUCGUCCUCAUCAUGAAGAUCAAACACACCGUAACGUCGUGUUAGUUGCUGCUUGGCCUGCCUUGGCACCUGUUCCUCGGUUUGUCCUCUCGCUCCAUCCUCUGACAGAGCCAUGAGUUCAUCUCCGCUGACGUCGCAAGCCCACAUGGACAUUCUGGACGAGCUCCAGCUGAUCACAGCCCAGAACCUGGAGAAGGUGGAGAUCAAUAAGUACUACGAAGUGAUUAGGGAGUUGGGCAAGGGCACCUAUGGCAAGGUGGACCUGGUCAUCCACAAGAUCAGAGGUACAAAAAUGGCACUGAAGUUCUUGAAGAAGAAGACGACCAAACUGAAGUCGUUUCUGCGGGAGUACAGCAUCUCGCUCUACCUGUCUCCUUGCCCUUUUAUCAUCAACAUGUUUGGCAUCGCCUUCGAGACGGACGAAUACUAUGUGUUCGCUCAGGAAUACGCGCUAGCAGGGGAUCUCUUCGACAUCAUUCCUCCACAGGUUGGUCUUCCCGAAACAGUGGCUAAGCGCUGUGUGCACCAAGUGGCCAUUGCGCUGGACUACCUGCACUGUAAGAAGCUGGUCCACAGGGACAUCAAACCAGAAAACAUUCUCAUUUUUGACCGGGAGUGCCGCAAGGUCAAGCUGUCUGACUUUGGCAUGACCCGCCGGGCCGGCUCCCCUGUGAAACGAGUGAGCGGCACAAUCCCGUACACGGCUCCCGAGCUGUGCGACGUGUCUCGCCACGAGGGCUUCUGCGUGGACUACAGCACCGACGUGUGGGCCUUUGGCGUGCUUCUCUUCUGCAUGCUGACCGGUAACUUCCCGUGGGAGAAGGCGCUGGCCUCCGACUCCUUCUACCAGGAGUUCAUCCGCUGGCAGAAGAGAAGGACGAACACGGUGCCUUCCCAGUGGAGACGUUUCACCGAGCAGGCCCUCCGCAUGUUCCGCCGCCUGCUCUCGGUGGAGCAGGACCGCCGUUGCUCCGUCAAGGAGGUGUUCGGAUACUUCAGCCACUCGUGGAUGCUGGACGGGGAGAACAACAACAACAACUGUGCAGGCGGCGCCGGGGAAAGGGUCGUCGGAGGCAGUAAUGCACGAGGGGAGGUGAACGACAUUAUUUCCUCGUCUUCGUCUGGGGAGGAAGACGAGGAGCUCCUGGUGGAGCGGAUGAAGCAGCAGACUCUGUCUCCUCUUUCCCCGCUGUCUCUCGUGUCCCCAGUGGCUGUGGAGCGGGGGAGUGGGGGCGGGCCUAAGGGCGGCAUGAUGGAACUCGGCGGCGGCCACCAUUUCGUGUCGGUGUCCACCAACAGCUCGGUGUCGUCCACCAACAGCUACGAGCGGAUGCCGCGGGAAAACAGCUCGCCGGGAGGCCGCAUGCUGGUGGCCACGCCCAUCGAGAUUUGCGUCUGAGCACCUUGUCGACAUUUUCUACGUUAAUCUUGUCUCACCGGUGUGCUCUUCUUCUUCUUCUUCUUCUUCUUCUUCAUCUUCUUCUACCGCCCAUCCGACCACCACCAGAUGUGCAUGCACGGAGAAAGACGAGCGCACCCACAGGACGGGGGAUGCACCGUGGGAGAAAGUACAAUAAGAGAAGACCAAAAUGUUGUUCCUAAAGCAAUACUUCGAAAAUGCAAAAAAGAAAAAAAGGGAUGGAGCAUGACAUCUUCUGGGAGUUGAACUGGCAACCCCCCUUGCGUUGUACUUUGAUGACAAUUUGAAGGAUGGAGCAGUGCUGUGGAAGAUGUCUCACUCUGUUUCAUAUUCCAUGGCUUAUUUUUUAUAGAAGUUGUAACACCUGCUCUUUUACGUAACACAUUCAGGACGAUGAUUUCUCAGUCACAAUAUUUCAACCUGCUGUGAACCUGUGACCUCACGUCAUCCUUCAAAGGUGUUUAACACGUCCACGCCACACUCUUUUAUACUCGUUGGCCAAAAAACACGACAAACAGCAUCAUUUGUAUUCAGAAUUCAACCUUGCAACACUGUCGCCUCCCCCCGAAAAAAAAACAUGCAUGAGUAGUUCAAACAGCUGUACACACUAAAAAAAAUGUCCAAUGUUGUGAUGUGGAAUCUUUUUGACGUAGCACAAGUACUCGCGUUAUAUCCAAGAGGGCCGUUCACAAUGAUCUCUUGAGAUAUUUUAGGGCUAAAAAAAAAAAAAAGAAGUUUCCAUCCAGUGCGUUUUAGUGUAUUUGUAUUAAUGUUGUGUAUUCAUGUCACUGCCUUCAGGAAGUGGAAGGAAAAAAAGCAAUGCAUGACUUGAUAAGAGCUCAUAAGGUAGGGAAUUUAAGGAUUGUAGGAGCAAGAAAGUCUCUAAUUCAAAGAAAAAAAAUGGAAUGAGCCCACAUAAGUCUGCAUGAAUCUUUGUGUGCGAACGCUCAAGAUAAUCGAGAAGAGCAGCUCCGUGAACACAAACACGUCAUUACGUAUCUCGGGAGGCUCCGGCCUCCUCAUGAACACGCUUGAAUCCAACCAUUGUUAACAGCUGCUCUCAAAUCAGCCAGUAUGCAAAACGACUCCAUCUUGUGACAAUCUCUGACCUCAUCGGACUGGGAACAAAAGGACACGGGUCGUGACGCCGACACUGAAGUCGCACUGUUCUCCUCGGGACGCUUGUUGUUGCUUUUUACUGCUCACGUGAUCACCGUGAAGAAGAGUAUUACCUCAUCGUCCUGGUCCUCCAACUACCAGCAUCAUGCACAACAACAGCUUUCACCUCAUCUUUGUGUUCCAGAAGGAGUCCUCCAUCUAAAAUAAACAAUUUUAAUUCAAUUAGUGCUUUCUUUUCAAGUGUAAACAAGGAUGAUACUGACCAAGUCUUGUACAAAGUCAUCAGUGAUGCCAGAUAGUUAAUAAUAAUUUCACCCUUUGUAUGAUCGAUAAUUCCAUACUGGACGAUAAUUUCACCAUUACAUUGAUCUAAAGGUAAAGAUUAUUAAUAAAUGUACUGCACACCACCUGUGGUAAUGUUUUAAUCGAGCAGAAUUUUCCAGAAAUAUGAUCAUUUUAAUCUUCUGGUACGAUAAUGCCCAUUGGAUCUAUUAUGACAUAAAAUGCACUCAGUGUAGAAGAUAAAAAUAUGUGUAUUUACAAAACACAAAACCAGUGAAGAUGGCACGUUGUGUAAAUCGUAAAUAAAAACAGUAUACAAUGAUUAGCUAAUCCUUUUCAACCUGUAUUUAAUUGAAUAGACUGCAAAGACAAGAUAUUUAACGUUUGAACUGGUACACUUUGUUAUUUUUUGCAAAUAUUAGCUCAUUUGGAACUUGAGGCCUGCAACAAGUUUUAAAAAAGCUGGCACAAGUGGCAAAAAGACUGAGAAAGUUAAGGAAUGCUCAUCAAACACUUAUUUGGAACAUCCCACAGGUGCUUCCAUGAAAUGCUCAGUCAUUCACAAACAAGGACGGGGCUCGCCCUCGGGUCACCACAUUGUGAACAAAUGCGUGAGCAAAUUGUCGAACAGUUUAAGAACAACAUUUCUCUGCGAGCUAUUGCAAGGAAUUUAGGGAUUUCACCAUCUACGGUCCGUAAUAUCAUCAAAUGGUUCAGAGAAUCUGGAGAAAUCACUGCACCUAAGCGGCAAGACUGAAAACCAACAUUGAAUGCCCGUGACCUUCAAUCCCUCUGGUGGUACUGCAUCAAAAAGCGACAUCAGUGUGUAAAGGAUAUCACAACAUGGGCUCAGGAACACUUCAGAAAUCUACUGUUAGUAACUACAGUUCUUCUCUACAUCUGUAAGUGCAACUCAAAACUCUACUAUACAAAGCCAAAGCCAUUUAUCAACAACACCCAGAAACCACUUUGCUGGGCCCGAGCUCAUCUAAGAUUGACUGAUGCAAAGUGGAAAAGAGUUCUGUGGUCUGACGAGUCCACAUUUCAAAUUGUUUUUGGAAACUGUGGACACUGUGUCCUCCGGAUCAAAGACGAAAAGAACUAUCCGGAUUGUUAUAGGCGCAAAGUUCAAAAGCCAUCAUCUGUGAUGGUAUGGGGGUGUAUUAGUGCCCAAGACAUGGGUAACUUAUACAUCUGUGAAGGCACCAUUAAUGCUGAAAUGUACAUACAGGUUUUGGAGCAACAUAUGUUGCCAUCCAAGCAACAUAUUUUUCAUGGACGCCCCUGCUUAUUUCAACAAGACAAUGCCAAGCCACAUUCUGCACGUGUUACAACAGCGUGGCCUCAUAGUAAAAGAGUGCGGGUACUAGACUGGCCUGCCUGUAGUCCAGACCUGUCUCUCAUUGAAAAUGUGUGGUGCAUUAUGAAGUGUAAAAUACCACAACGGAGACCCCGGACUGUUGAACAACUUAAGAUGUACAUCAAGCAAGAAUGGGAAAUAAUUCUACCUGAAAAGCUUCAAAAAUUGGUCUCCUCAGUUCCCAAACGUUUAAUGAGUGUUGUUAAAAGGAAAGGCCAUGUAACACAGUGGUAAAAAUGCCCCUGUGCCAACUUUUUUGCAAUGUGUUGCUGCCAUUAAAUUCUAAGUUAAUGAUUAUUUGCAAAAAAAAUUAAGUUUCUCAGUUCGAACAUUAAAUAUUUUGUCUUUGCAGUCUAUUCAAUUGAAUAUAAGAUGAAAAGGAUUUGCAAAUCAUUGUAUUUUGUUUUUAUUUACGAUUUACACAAUGUGCCAACUUCACUGGUUUGGGGUUUUGUAUGUUGCCUUACUAUACAAACUAUACCUGCAACAUAAAGUACUUCAAGUCCUUUUCUUCACCUAAUUGCUACCAGCCUCUUCCAGCACAACCAGCAACAUGUUGGGAAGCACUGUCACUUCCUGUUUCCAUUGAUGUCCCGCACAAAAGAACCAGUCACACAAUUUGUUGCCUUCUUCUUCCUCGGAUCGAAUGUGGCGGGGCAUUGGUAUACUCAUCGUGACUUUUGGCAGUCGAAACAAAAAACAAACGAGUAGCGACGGUGCUCAUUGGAAAGGUAGGAAAUUAUAAUAAAGUAAAAGUCAU